AUGAACUUCAAUAAAGGAGCACGUAACCCAAAUCAAGGCAACGCGCAGUUCCCUGCGGGCCGCCAGCGGGCAAUGCUCCCUCCACAAUUCCAGCAUCUCUCACCUCAACAACUACAAGAAUUGGAAAACACCCCUCAGUUCCAAAACGCUAUGCGCCAAUACUACCAGAAGCAGCAGAUGAUGCAGCAACAAAUGCUCAGACAACAGCAGGCAGGAAUGGGCCAGGGAAUGAUGGCUCAGCAGCUACAAGGUCACCCCGGGCAGAACCUUGCCAGUGCAAACCAGAGAUUGAUGAAUAGAAAUAUACCGCCUGGGUUUAUACCUGGGGGUCAACUGGCACAACAACAGCUUCAAGCACAGCGUGCAAAUUCACAAGCUCAAGCACAAAUGCAAGGUCAAGGAGCUAUGACAGGUCCACCAGGGAUGCCGGGCAAUGGGAUGCCUGGACCACAGGGUAUGGGAUCAGGUGCAGCUUCGCCGCCAAACUACGCCAAUAUGCAAAAAAUGGGUGGUCAGUACCCUUCGCAAGCGAAUGCUCAGAUGCGACUACCCAUGGGCACACAGCCUGGUCUGGGGAGAGGAAGCAUAUAUGGAGGUGCUACAGGAGGGUCCAACGAUGCACCCGUGGGAGCUAUAGGCGGAGCUCCUGGAGCCAAUGCCAUGAGUGGCAUGCUGACAAUACCUGGGCCGAUGGCUGGUGCUUUACCCGUUGGAGGUCAGCCUGGGGCCAACCAAAGUAACGCUGCUGGUCAGCCACAGCUUCCAAACACCAAGUUGAUGAGGUUUGGUAACAACGAGGAGCUUGAUUUUCCUCCUGGAUUUGGCCCGGAUGCUCUCAACAAGAUCCCAUUGAAGCAGCUUUCAUCUACAGAUGAAUGGUCUCAAAAGUUGAAGAGCGAAGGUAAAGAUGUGCCACUUGAUAUCAAGGUAUAUGAAGAUAUCAUCAAAAAGGAUAGUGCUCAUCUCCGAAACUCCCAAUUACAAGCAAAGAAAAACAAAUCCAUGUUAGAGAAGAUCGCCAGAGACAUUAAAACUUAUAACACCAUCAAGCAGCUUCGAAUGAAUGCGAUAAACGCUUCCGAUAAGAAUCAAUACAACAACAGCAUCUGGGGCGAAGGAUACCUGGGCUAUGGUAAUGGUAUCAGUAACACUUCUACACAGGUGAUCUUGCCACAACACAACAAGCCAUUCUCCAAAGUACCUGAUAUCGGCCUCACCGACAGGCAGUUGAAUGAGGCGAUUCUAAGGGGACUCAAAUCAGGUAAGAGAAAACCCUUAGUGCCCAUUCGACUCGAAUUUGACCAAGAGAGAGACAGGUUCAAACUAAGAGAUACUUUCUUGUGGGAUUUGAGCGAUGAAACAUAUCCAAUAGAGAACUUUAUUAGAACUCUUAUAGAGGACUACAAGUUCAUUCCAGAGCUGCACUUCCACUCAAUUAUGAGCUCUGUAAACGAACAGAUCAAAGACUACAAACAAAUGGUUGAGAACCCCAUGGGUGAACUACGUGUGCCUAUCAAGAUCGAUCUAGUGAUCAACAACACCCAAUUCACUGAUCAAUUUGAAUGGGACAUACUCAGUUCAAAUGAGAACGACCCUGAGGAAUUUGCUACGAUACUAUGCGACGAAAUGAGUCUACCUGGCGAAUUUGCCACAGCCGUUGCAUUCAGCAUCCGUGAGCAGACACAGCUUUAUCACAAAGCUUUGUUCCUUGUCGGAUACGGAUUUGACGGCUCGUUUGUUCGUGAGGACGAGAUACGAUCUCACUUGUUACCACCAUUGCGUGUUCUAAACACCCUUGAAGCCGGCGAGCCAGUUGAUGAUUUCAUCAGCACUCUACGCAAUCCAGCGUUGGUCGCGGACUACUCACCAUCUUUGACUCGCCUUGCUCAAAUUGAGGUCGAGAAGAUCGACAAGGAGAUGGAGAGAGAAUCUCGUCGUCGUAGACGCCACACAAACACUGAGUUCAGCUACAACGAAAACGGUACAAGUAUGGGUGCCAGCAGGGGAACCGCUUCCAGGAGAAGUGGACUUCAUUCUGGAAGAGGUGUCAAGACGACAUUGCCAGAUCUUUCCGAGAUACCCAAAACAUUCCGUACACCCAUGCCAUCCAGCAUACUUCCAGGCGGAAUCGACCUUGGCGUGCCUGAGAUAUACGGCUAUAAUGAACUCAUCGUCAACAGAACACAAAUCAGAAACCCAGAUUAUAAACCGCCGCACAAUCCAGAUAUGGUUACUUCACGUCGGGAAGGAAAUUCGGUGUUCGUUAAAAUCAAGUUUUCCCAAAGAACCAAUGUAUAA